AUGGACGAACCUUCAAGACGCUUCGAAACUAACGAAACAUCUCGGAAGGACCCUCAAAACGCUUCAAAACUGACGAAACGUCCUGAAAGACCCUCAAGACGCUUCGGAACUGAUGAAACGCCUGGAAGGAACGAUCCCGGACUUCAAUAUGAAUUUUGGAUCAGUACUACCGGUUCCCUUGGAUAUGGAUCAGUAACGAAUUGGAUCGGUAACGGUACCAUUGUCUCCGAUCUUAGACUUGGAUUUGGAUCAGUCGAAGGGGCACCAUUGUCCAAAAUUCAAAAAAUGCAAAUUCCCCAUUUUUCUGGAAAAUGGUGGGAAAUUGUGGAAAAUGCUACAUUACGCUGAGCAAUUUUUUGGAAUAGCAUUGUUACAACAUUGUCCGAUUUAGCAAAUCUUAUGAAAUUUUGGGAAAAUACUACAUUACACCUCAAAUGUAACAUUUC